CCAGCCCGUCGGGCUUCUGAAACUAGUCCGCCAGCACCUGUAGCAGCUCGUCGGCGCUCGCGGAGAACAAAUUGGGCGGCUUGGCGUUCUCAGGCCAGGCAGGCUUUUAAGCAACUGUUUCGAUUUCUUCGCCUGUAUUCGUUUCCACCGCCACUUCGAGACGUUGUUGGGGUUAAGUACGCGCCCCCGGUCCAUACGAAUCUGCGCCAAUUUGUCGGGUAUGGAGAGGAAAGUGGUUUAUUGGAUGGGGAUUCGGAUUUAGAGCUCGCCAUUUUGUUGUCGGAGAGUUUCGCCGCCGACAAGGACGACUGUAAAACAACGAAGAUGCGUGGGACGGGAGUGGGACGGGCUAUUGGAGAAAAACUCAGCCCUAAUGAUAUCAUUGACACAUCUGGGGGAUGUGGUGCAAGUUUCAGCAUUGAGAUUGUAUCAGAACAAUUUGAAGGGAAACGGCUGCUUGAGAGGCACCGACUUGUAAAUGCUGCACUUGUUGAGGAGAUGAAACAAAUUCAUGCUCUUUCCAUUACGAAGGCCCUCACUCCAGAACAGUGGAAGCAGCAAGGGGCUCAAAAAUCUGCUUGA